AUGCACGUGUUUGUCACCGGUGCGACCGGCUUCGUCGGUCAGGCCGUUAUCCAAGAGCUCCUCCAUGCCGGCCAUACCGUCACCGGCCUUGCCCGUUCAGAGGCUUCGGCCAAAGCCCUGCAAGAGAAAGGCGUGACUGCAGUCCGCGGCUCUCUGCAAGACAUCGAAUGUCUGAAAAGCGCAGCAUCAAAGUCAGACGGCGUCAUCCACCUAGCUUUCGACCACGACUUCACCAAAUUUGCCGAGAACGCCCAUGCCGAACGCACAGCACUGCUCGCCAUGAUCGAUGCACUCGCAGGAUCCAACAAGCCGCUAGUCUUCACUUCAGGAACCAUGAGUCUGCCAAAGGGGGAGGUUGGCACGGAAGACACUCCCCCAGAGACCAACACGCCAUUUAGUGCUCGUACCGAGACAGAGCAAGAGGCUCUCGAUCUUUCGUCCAAGGGCGUGCGUGUAUCUUGUGUUCGCCUAUCGCCUACAACACAUGGCCAUGGAGACAAAGGCUUUGUCUGGGCGAUUGCUGAGCUCGCACGAGCCAAUGGUCAGUCAGUCUAUGUUGGCGAUGGGCUUAACCGGUGGCCUGCUGUUCAUCGGCGCGAUGCGGCCCAUUUGUUCCGUCUGGCCCUUGAGAAUGGAGUUGCGGGUACCAGGUACCACGCUGUUGCUGAGGAGGGUGUAUAUAUGAAAGAUAUUGCCGAGGCUGUUGGCAAGGCUUCGGGGCUUCCGACGGUUUCUCUGGACUUUGAGGCAGCUUCAAAGCAUUUUAAUGGCUUCAUGGUUUAUCCUGUUAGUGCCGAUAAUCCGGCUUCGAGCAAGAAGACGCAAGAGCAGCUUGGCUGGUCAUGUUCUGAGCCGACUAUUCUUGCAGAUAUCGAGGCAGGCGUGUAUAAUUGA